UUGGCAUCCCUUCUCAACUGAUUUUACCGAGCGGUCCGUCAUCGAACGGUUUUUAUUGACAAUUAGUAAUGGUCGUGUAAUUUCAAUCACCAACAUAAAAUGCGGAUAUAAAUUCAAAUUCGUGCAAUUUAUUCAAAUCUCGAACAUCUUCUUAACCGUUGUAUGUGUUUGACAGUCAUAAAAAUCAAGAAGGAAUGGAUGCUAAACGAAAACUAUCGACACAGGGAGAUUCGCUAUACGAAAUCUUAGCAUUGCCAAAAACCGCUACUGCAGAGGAAAUCAAGAAAACCUACAGGCGGUUAGCACUAAAGUAUCACCCAGACAAGAAUCCCAACAAUCCAGAAGCUUCGGAGAAGUUUAAGGAAGUAAAUAGGGCACAUUCGAUUCUUAGUGAUGCCACGAAACGAAAUAUAUAUGACAAUUAUGGAUCUCUGGGGCUGUAUAUUGCUGAGCAAUUUGGAGAGGAGAACGUCAAUGCCUAUUUCGCUAUUACGUCACCGUGGUGCAAGGCUCUAUUCGUAUUCUGCGGAUUGAUCACAUGUUGUUAUUGUUGCUGUUGUCUAUGCUGCUGUUGCAACUUCUGUUGUGGUAAAUGUAAACCGCGACCGCCGGAGGACACAGGGGACUACCACACGUUGAACCGAGACCAAGGUCCAAGUAGUAAUCAACCUGUUACGUCCCAGCCAGGUAAAAGGGAGGACGCAUCCGACGAUGAGCCGGCGAUCGGUUCGCCUAGGAACGAUUCGCCGCCGGUUACCGCACAACCGUCGCCCAAGAAGGGUCCUAACGCCCCCGUUUACGCCAUGCCGCCGCCGACGUCCAAUUUAGGUGAGAGCGCGGCACUAAAUCAGGGAGACGUGCCAGUCUAUACGCCAGGUAUGACGAAUUCACCAACGAAAACACAACAGUGGUGAGGAGGGAGUCAACGUUAGCCAUCGUCAGCAUAGCUCUUGAAUCCUCUAGUCAUUUAAAAACCGCGUCUUAGGCGAACCACUUCGCCUCGAUUUACACUUAUUGAAAAAAGUAUUUUUAAGUCUCCUUGUCUUACCAUUUAUCAAACACACUCAAACUUAGCGAAGUUUAAUUAAAAAAACUACGAGAAUUUUGUAGUAAGAAGUCGUGUAACGUUUCUUUGUAUUGUUACAAGCACCUAAAAGAAAAACAAUAUUUAAAGUAUUUAAAAGAAUCGCCGUUUCAGUUUCGUCUUGUUUUAAUUUUCGAUUUUACGACUCGUAUUCGUUGCGCAUCGAUCAUUUUGACUAGUUCUAGUACCGUUGUUUUUCUGUUUAAAGUGCUAUUUUUAUUAUGGCAACAGUUUGAAUUAAUAAAUAUAAAUAACAUGUUAAAGGGGGUCUAUAUGUACUUGCUGUUAGUGUUAAACUCAAUUUUUGAAUGAUUAUCAAUUAUCUAGUGGUAAGUUGUGAAGACACCUGUUUGUAAAAAAAUAAUCCAUCACUAGUUAAAAUGUAAUUUUACUAUUUAUUGAAUGUAUAAUUGUUGAAGAAACGAUUAUUAUUUUAGCUUAGAUAUUAUACAGCAACUUAAAUGUACAUUCUAAUGAAUUAAAUUGCGUAACAAUAGACAA